CUCAAGGCAGUUAGGUAGUCUGGGCAGAUUGAAAAAAGACUGUCCUCUAAAGGUUGGGAAUUUUCCGGGUUUCUCAAAUCUUUCUCCAGGAUAUCGCUAAAAUACUCACGUAUGUCUACUCAAGUAUGGGCUAGUCCGAAGAUCGAGCGUCGAUGCAAAGCUGAAGCUCAGAUCAGGUCACUAAACAACGCUUACAAAUGGCUUUCAGUCGAUUUGCUGGUGGGAAUGUGUGUACUUAUAGAAUUUUAUGUUCAACCAAUUUUCCGUCUGUUCUCGUUCCCUUUGGGAUGGAUGUCUUCUUAUGAAAAGUUAAGUAUGUUUUUAUUCAUAUUUUAUUGAUCUGCAGUAUUAUCAUCUUUUACUCUCCUCAUUGCCUGCAUUUCAUACCAUGUAUUCGUGAUAAUAAGUUCAGCGUUAAUCCGAAGAAUGGACGCAGGUAAUUCUCACAGUCAGUCAGCUUUGAGGUUUCACUCAUCACCUCUAAACAAAUCACUCGUUGGUCCUUCUAUGUUCUGCUCCAGUUUAUUGAAGGACAGCUUAGACAUCAGUUCUUGUGGAGCUACCUUUGGAAACUCAUCAUAUGAAAUCACCAGUGGAUCUCCUGUUAGAUCAGCAGUUCCCUAUGUAGAUGUUGGUAUUUCACAGUCUGUAAAUGAGAACCAACCUAUUUGGAAACAAUCACCAAUUGGUACAGUGUCACCACAGCAUAAUCAGUCACAUAGUAAUUUAUCACAGCCACACUGUGGAUCUUUUCGGGUUUCGGGAAGUCCGGGUGUUCAAGAAAAUCUUUCUCUUUUGGAUUUGGCCCUCAGUCCAAUUGUGAAUUCUGGACUUGGCUCUGUGCUACCACCUUUUGGUAACGGAGAGGCUCCUGGACAGAGUUCAGGGAACAUGCGUCGUUCUGUCACUUGGUCUUCUCCAUUUUUAACAUCAGGGACAUCCCCACGAUACCAAUAUCAGGCUGCUUAUAUUCAACCUACUAAUCCUUGCCAGCAAUACUUGAAUGAUUCACAAAAAUCUUUAUCUGGACCAGCCUUUAUUCCAAACAGUAUAACUCCCGAUUCUGGGAAAAGUGAUCGUGAAAUUAACGAACGAUCUGAAGAUGAGUAUUGGAUUGAAAAUCAGGUUAGCAAAAGCGAUUUAGAUCGUUGGACUCUAAAUCUUCGAAAGUGGCUUCAUGGUACAAUCAUUCGACGUAUUGUCAAUGAAAUUGACACAAUUAAUCGAAAUCUUGAAGAAGCUGGUGGCGAUAAAACUCUUAUUGGAUCCACUAGUUUAGCUACCCUUCAACAAUUCUCCUCUCUUAAAUAUCAAUACUUACCAACACUUCCAGUAUUGUUAGCAUUUUUAGAUUUUAUGAAAGAUCAAGGAUAUUUGGUUAAUCGAUUACAUGAAUUAGCUAGAGAAAGCUGUCUUCAAGAGUUUCGUUGGGAUUCUGGAUCAAAAAGUACUGAAUGGCCAUGGAAAGAACAUUUACCAUCUGAUAGUAUUAUUCUGUUACAUUUGUUUGCUACUUAUAUGGAUACACGUAUGCCACCUCAUCCCAAAUGUUUAUCUGGUCGUGUGUUUAGUCAAUUGAAUGUUGUUCGACUUCCAGAUAAGCCUGAUUUGAAAAGCAAACAUAAUUGUCAAUUUUAUCAAGUUGCUGUACAACCACCUCAAUUUAAAUUAGUAUUAAAUGGAAGAAUCUACAAUUUUGUAUCCGGUCAAAAAAAUAUCUAUCAUGCUAUUUUAUUAUUCUUUCAUUAUUAUGUAACAAGGAAUGAAAAGUUCAGAUCUGUUUCACUUGGUCCAUCAGGUUUAAAUGUUGCAUGGAUAUUUUCUAAAAAUUGAUUAUAAAUUAUCAAAAUGUAAAAAGAAAAGAAGAUAAUUACUCUAUCAUGUAUAUGUAUUCCUUUGUUUAGUUAUUGAUGUUUCAUGUUUAUUUUUGUAUUUAAAAAAGAAAAAAUAAAUUUAGAGUUUAUGUUGAAUUCAA